UCACAGCGCGACCUCAAGCACCUCCAAGAUGGCGACGUCCAUCCAGAACCGCUGUAGGCACAUCCUGUGUUGGCAAAAUCCCCGCUGUAACUAAUUGAAACAAAGUAAGACACAUGCGGCAAUACAACUAAUAAUAUCGAUUUAGCCGUCGGAUAUAUGCACAUGUCGGGUGACAGCGUGGCGUUCGCUUUCAUGGCUCUUUUUGAAUGAAAUUGGGCGUCCACUCGCCAUGGCCACCGACAACAGGAUUCAUUUCUGGAGGAGAAACCCAAAGGUUCCCGGAAGCUUACAGCCUGUAUAUGGAGCACAGCACCCUCCUCUGGACCCACGCAGACACCGUCUAUUAAAAGAUACUCCAAAGGCCAGCAGUUUGAACACCAAAUCCAAAAAACCUUCCACUUUCCACGAAUUUGCUCGGAGCACCAAUGAUGCAUGGGACAUUGAUGAUGAAGAGGAUGACGGUAUGUUUAGUCUCAAACAGCCCUCAUCUUCACCUGUCCAAUCACGGUCCAUGCCUCAAACACCAUGCGUCAAAUUCAUCAAAGCCCCAGAGGACACCGAGUCACUGCCCCGCCCACUGGACAGGCAGGAAUCAAUCAGCACAAACCCCGUUCAGGAUCGUCUGGAUGACAAAGGCAGUCCAGUCAAUGGCAGGGUGGUAAAGUCUUGUAGCGACGCCCAGCUGAGUGUUAAUGCAGCUCGUAAUACCCUGCAGAAACAGCAGUCGCUUCCUGUACGGCACGUCAUUCCAUUAGUUGCCCGCAUUUCAGAUCAAAAUUCCUCUGGAGCUCCGCCCAUGACCGUGAGAGAGAAGACUCGAUUGGAUAAAUUCAAGCAGCUACUUGCAAGUCCCAACACAGACCUGGAGGAGUUACGGAAGCAUAGCUGGUCGGGAAUCCCUCGUGAAGUUCGCCCAGUCACCUGGAGACUCUUAUCGGGCUAUCUUCCAGCCAAUAGGGAACGAAGGGAUCUGGUUCUCCAGAGGAAGAGGGAGGAGUAUUAUGCCUUCAUCGAGCAGUAUUACCACUCCAGAACAGAUGAGAAUCACAGAGACACAUACAGACAGAUUCACAUCGAUAUCCCGAGGACCAACCCUUUGAUUCCUUUGUUCCAGCAACCACUGGUGCAGGAGGUGUUUGAGCGGAUUCUGUUCAUCUGGGCCAUCCGUCACCCCGCUAGUGGAUACGUGCAGGGCAUUAAUGACCUGGUCACUCCCUUUUUUGUGGUCUUCCUCUCUGAAUUCGUGGAGGAAGACGUGGAAAAUUUUGAAAUGGCAAGCUUGCCCCAGGAUACACAACGAAACAUUGAGGCCGACAGCUUUUGGUGCAUGAGCAAAUUGCUGGAUGGGAUACAGGACAACUACACAUUUGCCCAGCCUGGGAUACAGAUUAAAGUCAAGGCGCUGGAAGAGCUCGUUAGCAGAAUAGAUGAGGAUGUCCACGUGCACUUUCAGAAGUGUGAGGUGGAGUAUCUGCAGUUUGCUUUCCGCUGGAUGAAUAAUCUGCUGAUGCGGGAGCUGCCGCUACGCUGUACCAUUCGCCUGUGGGACACCUACCAGGCCGAGUCAGAGGGAUUCUCUCAUUUCCACCUCUAUGUGUGCGCUGCCUUCCUCAUCAAAUGGCGUAAAGAGAUCCUCUCCACGUUGGACUUUCAGAACCUGCUAAUGCUCCUGCAGAACCUUCCCACAAUACACUGGGGCAACGAAGAGGUGGGUUUGCUACUGGCAGAGGCCUACAGACUCAAAUACAUGUUUGCUGAUGCUCCGAGCCACUACAAGAGAUGAGAGCCUGUAAGCUGACCACAGCAUGACCCUGCAAAACCCAGACGAUGAUCUGACCUAACAAUGGGAUCGGUCCAAACAGCACUCCUUUGCUCGGUUUAAUCUGACACAGCGAAGAUCGAGCUCACCAAUUUUCUCCAAUGUCAUCAAAUUUGUGUCAUCGUCUGUUACAAUUCACGAUCAAGAACAGGACGGCGUAAACAACCAUGGACAAAACGGAUAUUUCGGAAAAAAAAACUCCCAGAGAUCUUGAAAGCUGACAGUUCAAUUUGCCUGCAGAUGACUUCAGAAGAUAGCUGACAGUGAGAUGCCAAGAGCAGAGGAACAGAAAGCGCUUAUGUGAGCGUAUCAAACUAAAAACAGAAGGAUGUGGCAUCCUAGGCUUCCCCACAUCUUCCUAUAUUUGUUACCUCAGAUGUGGAGAAACCACCUCUCGUUUUUAUUUCUUGGCAGGUCUUCAUUUUUUAUUUUGUUCCCUCUAUGCCGGUGUUCUCAUGGUUUGUGUUAUUAGACCAUAAUGUGAUCUCCUCGGCCCUUCUGCUCAUUGCAACAUUGAUUGUACCACACACAGGUGCACGGGUCGAUUCCCAUCCGUAAUCACUCUGCGUUAUUGAAGCUCUGCAAUACAUGAAACUAUGGCAGCCAUAAAGGGUCAUUUCUCAAGAGGCACGGCUGAGCGUUCCGGAUUCGAAGAAUCAAUAUGCAACCGCGUGAGCGAUGUGUUUGGGUUUUGUUUUGGGGGUUUUAUGCUUUUAUAGAAUUGUGAGACUGUGAAUUUGAACAAUCCUGAACCAGUGGCUUUGUGUGAAGCCCGUGCACAAUUAUUUCUUAGACAAUUAGAACUUUAGCUUUAGUACUUGCAUUCGACUACUACUGAGAUAACGUUUCAGCAAAGAUAGCUGAAUCAAACUGCGGUGAAAUAUUAAUAUGGCUUUAUAAAGAAUGAAUCAGUGUGAUAUGAGGUCAGCCUAUGAGACCACAGGACUGCAGUCGUGUUGAAAGGAAACUACUGACUUCGAAGCAGACUGAAGGGUUUUGGUUUUUAACUGCGUGGUACUGAAGAGUGGACGGGGGCGAUACCUGACAGACACGCUUCUGCCAUCCUCACGUGCAUUCAAUCUCCCAGGGCAACCGAAUUAUGCAGAUGUCUAUGCUAAUCAGAUGUAGAUGAUCUGAUUAUCUCCUUUUUUCCCUUUGAGUCUUCUUUUCACCUUUCGGUAUAUUUAUUAACUGCAGGGCUGAUACAUUUUGAUCGGUGAUUAAUUGUUCACCUUCUAAAUCUUUCCAAACUAGAUGUGUAAUCUUUAUAAAUCAGCGUGUAAUGCGAAAUGAAUGACUCCGACUUCUCAAAAGCAGAUGUUUUCAUUAAAAUCUCUAUUCGUUUCAUUUAACUCGGACCAAACCCUGCAUGGAUAAUCUGAAUAAUAAAUUAAAGAAGUGUCUUUCUGCUUUAAUUAUUGAAGCGAAUGGAGUGUAUUGAUUAGAUGGAGGUGUCCGAAUCGGUUAAAAGUGAUGCCGUUGUGGAGUUUGCUGAUGUUAAAUGCUUGAACAGUGUACAUUUUGUCAGCUCGCUGUCCUUAUUCAUCCAUCAGAGACAUUUGAAACCACCUGCGCCAUGCAGUCUCACGAUCUUUGAUGAGGCAUUUACAGUGCUGCACUCUUAUUUUGAGGUGAACUGGAAUGUAUUUUACUUAAUUUUUUUCAGUGUAUGUCUGUCUUUUCAUACAUUACUGAGCUCAUAUUCACUCCAGAGAUAAUUAGUUUGCUCGUCACACUUUAAAAGUGCGCUAAUGAAGUGGUGACUUGAGAUUGCUGACCCUGGUGAGGAGAUGGAGCAGUGAUUAUUCAUGAAGAAAGUUUGAGUGGACUUCCAGAUUAACUCCAGGUUUUAGUCUUUUGAAUGUUGUAAAUGUCUAAAUUGAUUGAUUGUAUUAAUGAAUCUUGUUCAAGUCAACAUGAAAUCAAAAUGAACAGCAUUUGCUUCAUCAAUGGUCUUAUUGUGUGCGGUCCAUCAGGGCACACAAUAAUCUUCUGCCUCUGAAUCAGCUUUUUAUUUCUCCUGCUGUCAUUUAGGCUAUUGAAUAAUGUUAACCAGGAAGAUGCUCUUGAGGGGGAAAUUGACCAUCAGUUGACCUCAAUGUCCGGCUCUCAAGAUAUGGGUCUUGUGCAGAAUUGUCCACCUUUGUCAGUGUCUGAUCAAAACCUUAAAAAAAUUAUCUCUUGAGCUAGUUUUUCUUAAUCCGUUAAUGCAAUGCCAAGUUGUUAGUUUGAUUAAUGAAGGCUAACUGAAAGGGAAAUAUUUAUUUGAACCAUUUUUUUAAAUAUAAUGAUAUAUCAUUUUUUUAUGAUUAAGAAUAAAUAAUGUACCGUUCAAAAGGAUUUUUCAUUGUCAUUAAAAUAAGUCUGUAAUGCCCACCAAGGCUGCAUUUAUUUGCUCAGAAAAUGCAGUAAUAUUGUGAAAUAUUAUUACAAUUUAAAAUAACUAUUUUCUAUUUUAAUAUAUUUGAAAAUGUAAUUUAUUUCUG